GACGUAACGAAUGACCGGAAGUUACGACGUGUCUCGUUUCAAAACUUUAUAUUUUAAGAUUUUUUUUUAAUAUUCUGAUUUCAGCGUCAGUUGUGCGAAUUGUUCCUAUUUUAUCUGAUUGUGAAAACACGUUUUAAUACAGUACCCAGGGUGCAGUGCGCAUUUGCCAUCUUGAGUUGCUGGGCUGAGUUAGCUGCGUUAGCUUCCUUCUGCUGCCGCUGUGUGUUUCUGCUGCAGUGGAGUAUAGUUUAUCUGUCAGCUAGCCACAGCAAGCGAGCAGUCCACACGCCGAGACGAAACUUCACUCAAUUUACGACUUUUCCUCAAUUUCUGGACUAUAUAUUUUCCCUGACACGCCCAGGAGUUUGUUUACACCCUGUUGUCGCUCUUUUGGCUAACAAGGUAGUUUAAUUUUACAAUCUAGCCACCAUUAGCCACUCAGCUACAGCAAAAGAAGCACCGAGGACUGGGAGAGGAGUGAGCUGAGGAGCCGGGCCCGCCUCAGACUAGAGGACCGGUGGCAGCUGCUGAACAAGGACUUUUACAAGUACCUGUUGAAAGUGCGCUGUGCUGAUACGGAACAGACCGAGCAGACGUGAGAGGCUGGUGAAGGAGAAGUUUAUUUCUCUUAAACAUUAGACUUUUUUUAUAUUGCCUACUUUCCUCCAGGUGGGGAGAUGAUGAAGAGGAACGUGAGUGUAUUCGGUGAUGGUACGUGGCUGAGAGCUCAUUUGUAAUUCGCUCCGUAUUGCAUUGGUUUGCGAGUGCUUUUUGGGAGCUGGCAAACGCACUUUGGAAAUAUGUCUAAGCCAGCAAAGAAGAAAAGUUGCUUCCAGAUUACGAGUGUCACCCAAGCUCAAGUAGCAGGUAGCACCAUUGCAGAGGACACUGAAAGCAUUGGUGAUCCAGACGAUUCCCGGACAGAUGAUGUGUCCUCGGAAAUCUUUGAUGUGUCUCAGACAGACCUGGGGGUGAGUGACUGCAUCUUCACUGAGGAGGUCCCGAACCACACUGGAGAGCACCUGAACGGGCCAGUGAAUGGGAUCCUUUCUAUUAAGAGCAUAGGCACAGGAGGUCGUAACACCCCAGUUAGUUUAGGAAGUGUGCCAGGUGCAACUCAGCCUAUUGUUCCAACUCCUACCAGCCAGCCUCCAUCUAUUUCCAGCUGUAGCUCCCGUUUUCGGGUCAUCAAACUUGACCAUGGCACCGGUGAGCCUUUUAGACGGGGGAGAUGGACAUGCACAGAGUUUUAUGAGAAAGAGUCAGAGUCGAAUAGAACUGUGGACAGUGUGAAACCUGCUGUGACAUAUGAGGCUAACACAGACAGUGGGCUAGGACUGGUCAGUAAUUCUGUGGGUGCCCUUAGUUCUUUUUCUAUUCAGUCUGUGGAGACCAUUGAUGGUGGACACCCAAGGGUGUCCAUUCCCUCUUCAGAGGCGCUGCAACAAGCAUACACCUUAGCUCUACAGACUGGGAGUGUAUCAAGUGCCUUCCAGCCCACCGGAUAUGCAACUACAAUAACAUCCCAUGUCAAUGUGCAACCUGUUGUUUCACAGACUUUUGUUCCUAACAGCCUUAAUGGCGUCCACCAAGCACCCAUGAUGCCUCCUGCCACACAGGCUCAGAAGCUUGCCUUUUCUAAUGCUGCCAUAUUGCCUGGUUUGCCUGACUACCACCUGCAGCACUUUGGCUCAAACACUCAGAGCUUUCAUGCAACAUCUCUACCAAUGGUGCCUCCCAGCAGCCAGGCACCUCUAAGCCCCCCUGGUCCUGGAAGGCAAGGCCUUGUGGCUCAAGGUCCAGAGGCAGUCUUAGCCCCAGCUGUGAUCCCUGUCAACCAGGCCUCAGGAGCCCCAGUCAUCAUUCCUGCCCCCAGUGGGGCUCAGUCAGAAGACCCCAGGCCUGAUGCCGUGCCUCUGUCGAUCUCUACUGUCAAGCCACUCAUCCCUGAGGGUCUCAGCCUGUCCACUCCUGCUGUCAGCUUGUUUGGCAUCACCAUUCCUGUGGAUGGAGAUGAUGACAGUGCAUCCGGUGCCAGUGUCGUUGCCAUUGAUAACAAGAUUGAGCAAGCUAUGGACCUGGUAAAGAACCACCUGAUGUACGCCGUCCGUGAAGAAGUGGAGGUUCUGAAGGAGCAGAUCAAGGAGUUGUACGAGAGGAACUCUGUAUUGGAGCGUGAGAACGCAGUGCUCAAAUCUCUGGCCAACUCUGAGCAGUUGAACAAACUGUCCAGUCAGCUGAGUCAAGUCAACAGUGUUGCUCUGCAACAGCUACAUCCACACGCAAUUUCCACAAAUAACAGCAACGCUCUAGUUGGCCACUGUGAGGUGGUCAAGAGCACACCCCACCAGCCCAACAUCACCUCGGCAUGACCUCCAUUUUUACCUUGAUGCUCAGAAGAAGCAGGAGGUCUAUGUGACUGUGUGUCAUCUGUUUCCUUAGCUCUAAUAAUGCAGAAGGCUUGGCUCUGUGCUUAAGCUGCUCCAUUUAUUCUCACUUGACUGUAUGUGCCUUUUCUUGGCCUUGUCAAACACCUUUUCCACCGUGUGAGAAGUUGUGUUCCGGCCUGUGAUUGGCUGAUGCAAGGAGCAGUAAGAGCCAGAGUGCACCCUACAUGCUGGUGAUGGGGGCCAAGAGGCACACCAUGAGCUGCUUAUAUUGGGGGCUGGUGUGGUGAGUCCCAUUCGGGGGGGGGACAUCAGUGCUCCUCAGUGUCUCCAGGACUGCGGGGAGGGACAAAGGCAGGGUUGAUUAUAACCCCCCAAAAAAGGACUAGGAGGUCCUGGGGUCCUUCAGCUUGGCCAGAGCGACCUGCGAGCCUUGGCUUAUUUAAUGCUGCAAACAGAAAAAGCUUGUGUUGUCUUUCGCAGAGCCACAAACUUAACAUCAAUUAUUCUUUGUUUCAUUUUUUAGUAUUCGCGUUUAUUUAUUUUCAGGGCUGCUAUUUUGUAAAUGAACAAUGUCUUUGAAAAAACAACAAAACUUUGUUUUCUUUUUUUUCUUUUUUUUUCUUUUUUUAAAGUCUGUAAGGUAUUAUAACUAGUGAACAGUUUAGAAGUUUUUCUUCUCAAUGUAUUGUGCAAACACUAAAGCCAGACUUACAUUAGCUGGAAUCCAGGUUGAAUGUAUAUUUUGUUAAGUGUAAAGUAUUAAGAGAAUGGUAUGUAUAGCCUGUUUAAGAAAUGAAAUAUGUGAUGGGAUAACAAUAGGUGUUAAUUUACUUUUUUAGCCUUUUUUUUUUGUCAGAAAUCACGGGAUCUGGCUGGGGGAUGAAAAGCUGUGAAAUUUGUUCCAUCCUACUUUGUAACCAAAGACGCAAGCUGUGUAACUUUUUAAUGCACAAUCUUUUUCUAUUUUCUACUUUCCCUUCUUUUGUUGCUGUUCUGAUCUGUAAUUAAACCACUCUCUUACCUCAUGUUUUUAUCUGGCACUCAUUAUAUUUGUGCCACUGUCAGUCAGAAGGAUUGUGAGAAGUUAUUGAAAGGGAACAAAGCAUGUAAGUUGAUGGAAAGGACUUUCAACUACAAAAGGAGACAUCAUUUUGUGUUGAACGUCAUACACUAUAAAAAGUUGUCACAUAGAUUUUAAUGUAUUUAAAAGCUACAAACUAAUGAAUUAAUUGGCGACCCCACUGCAUACAGGAAGUAGUUUAGUGUUUUGACAUUAUGAGAUGCCCUAUCUACUUGUGCCUCAUGUGCUGCUGCCUUCUCGUUGACAGGCGCAGCAGUUUUCUGAGGAUGCAACUAAACCAAAAAUGCUUUGUAACAAUGUACAAUUAGUCACCUUUUUACUGAAUCUCUCCUUCUUUCUACAAAUGGGUCUGUCUGUCCCUCUUCAAACAUUUUUCUGUUUUCUUUCAUUUGAAGGAGAUGCUGUGUACUAUUGAACACUGAGCCUUGGAGUAAAAAUCUUAAUGCCCUUGUAAUGUGCUGUUCAAACUAUUUUAGUUUUCAGUCAAAAAUAAAUUACGGUUUUAUUAAGACAGAA